AUGAAAUUUGAAGAUCGCAUAUUGAAUAAAUCAAAUCCUGAGUGGAAGUUUUACAAUAUCAAUUAUGAAAAGCUAAAACUAGUGAUCAGAAAAGUAGCAACUUAUGAUCAAUACAAAUCGACUGACUCAGGCAUUGAAAAGUUGUUGAGUCAAUGUGCUGUGGCCUUCGAUAAUGAAUUUCAAAAUGUUAAUCUAUUCGUUUCUUUGAAAAUUAAGGAAAUAUCAACACGUAUUCUUUCUAUUGAAUCCUCAAUAAUCGAUUUUUCAAAAGGCUCAAACAAAAACUCUAAGAGCCGUUUUAAACUCCGUAAACUAAAGAUUAUCAACGCUCAUGUGGACGGCUGUAAUUUUGAAUUACAAUUACUAUCAAGGUUUCUAAUCGUACAAAGAAUUGCCUUGAGAAAACUAUUUAAGAAACUGCUAGGUGAAUUUCCUCAAAAUGAAGAAAAUCCGUUAACGGCAAGUGACUACGUUGGCUCAAUUAGAAAUUUAGAGAGUUUAAGAAAUGGGCAUGAAGGCAUAUCGUUUAUGAAGCUCGAUUUAGAUCCGUACCUUCUGGAACUUUCUCUGAUUGUUGAUGUUUUACAUGACUUGGAGAAUAAAUUCGAAGACCCUACUGAACCAAUGGAAGAGCCAAGUCCCUCAAACGGCCCAAAUGAAUCCGUUCAUGCAAAUUCAAGUCCAGAAGUUAACAAUUCCCUUCUAUCAGGAUCCCCGAGAUCAAUUCCGUUGCUAUCAAAUAAGAAAACUUCGAAAAUGAUCGACUCUUCGGUAGAAUUUGAUACUGCCCUCAUAGACAAAUCUGAAGCCCUUGGAAGAUUUUUAUUAUCCUCUGAAGACGUAGAAGGACUUAAGUUUAUGUUACUGAAGAUAGGGUUUAGAAUUAUAGAUGAUAGUAUUAUAUCCACUUCAAAGGGGAUUUUAGACACUACAGACAACAUUAUGUCUGCGGGUAGCAAGUCUAUAAGGUCAGCGAAGUCAUUUAAUGACUUGCAACAUACAUUGUCCCGAUCUAAACAGAAGAGCAUACUUCCAUCCGCGCUACAGCCAAACGAGACACACCUGUCCCUAAGUAUAUUGGACACUGAUGAUAACAAAAGUAGUCCCUUAUUACUCACUGAUGAGAAUAUAAAUCAGCAUCCGAAUAUGAUGAUCAGCUCAACUGCUGAAGACAAUUGCAUUUUAAUGUGUCAUGUGGGUGGCCUAAGAAAUCAUGUUGUCACAAGCAGUCUACCUCUGAAGGAUGUCAAAUAUAUUCUCUCCUCCAUGAGAGAUGGCAACACGGAGGAUAUGUGUGCUUUUAUAAAGUCUUUGAAUCCGUCAUCAAUCAAUAAAACAGCUUUGGAAUGGAUUCAAUCUCAUCAAUUAGAAACCAUUGAACCCAAACUUGAUUUCAAAAGAACAAGAUUCAUAUCGGCAGAUAAUGGAGAUAUAUACCUUGUAUCAUUAGACGAAUCUAUUACCAUGGGUAAUGUAUCCACUUUACCUUUUCCAAUUUUAGAAGUUAGGAAGCUUGGUCGGUCGAAUAACUUUGCACAAAGAUCAAACAACGAAGAUAAUAAGUUCAGACAGUUGAUGAAAUCUUUCGUCACAAACGAAUUUCAAUGUAGUUUAAUACCACCUGUCUUGACUACAUGGAAGAUAUGCUUGGAAUUAAUACAUUCAGAUGACUUACAGAAUGAUCUAUUUCAGCUUUUACUGAGAGACCAAUAUAAAAUGAGUCCCAACGAUUCCUUAUCGCCUGAUGAAUUUUUUCAGCUGGGUAAAGAUCAUAUAGAGGAAGAGUUCGAAUUGAGCACGUCGACAAACGUUUCUCAGGGUAGUAGUAACAGUGGUAGAAGGGUCCAAAUUGACAAAAAAGCAAAAAAACCAGUUAAAGAAACUACUAUCAGGCCUAUUAGGUAUUGGAACGAAUUUGAUGAGCAAGAGGAAGAUAAUUUAGAUAACACCUUUUACAUUCAUACGCAUGGAGGCAAUAGUACAACAGAUAAUGAAGAAUCGUUACUUUUAGGAUGUCCCCCUGCUGAUUACGGGUUUAUUUUGUUUAGCAGAAACUUCAUCAACCGUACCUACGAUUUUUGUGAAAAGCUACGAGGCUUGAUCCGCCAUGACAAGAAAACAUCACAAAGUGCUUUUCAUACGCCUAAACGCCCCUCUUAUUCUCCAAAUUAUGGCUCCAUGGCAUCAUUCAGUUCUAAUUCAACAUCGACCUCAUACGACGAUGUUCAAAGAUAUCUACAAUACCAGCAACAAGAUAUAGAGGACUCGCAAUCCAUCUAUGAAUAUAGACAUGAUGAAGUAGUUACAUUUCUAUACUUGUCUGCACUACUAACAUCUUGCAUAAUGGCAAGUGUAUGCUUGGGAAUUGUUUUGUCUUUGUUUCGUGGGCAAAAUAACAAUGAGAUAGACUUGGAGAUUCAAAAUAUUCUAAUAGCCAUUAUUAUCAUUUCCCUACUAGUCUCUCUUAUUUUGAUCUGCGCCUGCUUGUUGUUACUAUUCAGCAGGUUCACUUUAGCACCAGUUUGGCAUUAUGUCGCUUGUUUCGUCCUGUUUUUUUCAGUUACUGGAACUGUGUGCUACGGCAUGAUCGAAAUAUUUUUUUGA